AUGACGAAGAAAGCACCGGGGCUGCGAAAUCAAGUGGGCAGGGAUGAUGACGAAUUAGGAGGGAAAACUGACACGUGCGUCGUGGUGCUGGGCUUGGCGAUACGCGGCCGCGAGUGUCAUGUGGCGCUCGUAGACGUUACAGACGCGCUGCGUUGUAACUGUGCACAUAGCCGCGAAACUGGUGUGGACCCUGGUUCCGGGGGGAAAAGCACGAAGGGAACGCUCGCACUGCGGGAGCAGCACGCGCGUUGUUCCUGCAGCACUGGACCAGGGAUCGGCGCUGCAGUCGCUGGCGCCUGCGCGAGUCAGCGUUCCGGUCGGACUGUAGGUCGUAACAGCAGCUCGAGAUACCCGUCGUGCGCGAUGCAAUCCCGGGGUGACUCGUUUUAUGUGCAGCUUCAAAACCCGGAUAGCGUGACGCAUCCCUGGUUCUAUGAGCAAGUAUCGCUACCGCGGGAGCUGGACCAGUACGAGGCAUACGAAGAGCUUGGCAACGUUGCGACAGGGUUGUCGAGCACGCUACCUCAGGAUGGCGUGCGCAGCUUCUGCAGUUACGCAACACCGCCACCGGCAUCGGAGCCUGCUAGGGUCGCUCGUGGUCUCGAUUGCUGCGGGAGGCCGACCAAGGCCUCGUCUUCGUCGACGUGCACGAUUCCGUCCUCGCCAAGUACAGGGCCGCUCGAGGAGCGCCCAUCUAGUGAAUCAGCGAACCAACGCCGAACACAAGCGCCAACGCAAUCGGAUGGAUUUCUGGCGACAACCGGGACUGGCCAGCGCCGGAAACGCGGGAACGAUGCCAUUGCAAGUCGUGUGCAGGACACCGAACCGCAUUGGUUUGAAUCGGUUGCUGGCGAGGGAACGGAUUUCCUGGAGCCGGUGGACGCGAAUUUCGACGUCGACGACGUCGACCUGCUCGUAGUACCGUACAUGACGGCAUCGUCGGCGCUACUCGCGAAUCCAUUAACUGCAGUUACGUCAUCUUCGUUUGGUGCGGACGCACACGAUGACCUUUUAGGCGGCGACGAGGCUGGCGAACCCCAGCUGGGUGCAGUCGCCGAGUCUAGUGCGAAUGAGGAAUACCCUACGCGCCCAGGUGUGGCUGAGAUAUCCGAAGCGCCGGCGCACGCGAGCACGCCGAGGCUGCAUAUGCCAGCAUGUCGCUUCUUGGCCCAGUUCACUGAAAAAGCUUUGUCGUUCAGUUCAGAACAAAAGCGACAACAGGACGCAACGCCGAUGGAACGCCUGCUCCAGGCAGUGGAAAUACUUUUGCUAGAAGCGUAUGCGUUAGCAAACAUUUAUCGCACACGGUGCCGUCGCGUUUCCCCGAGUCGCAGCUGCACGGUGACAACAAACAGCAGCGGCGACGGCGACGGCGGCAUGGAGCCGCGGGCGUGCUGUUGCAGUCGCACUGGCUCCGGGCAGGCACCGCUGCACCACCGGGAUGGUACGAUGCAAGCCUAUCAGCGCCGUCUUUCGGACUGGAUUCGUUGCUGUCUGCAGGCAAGCGAUAGAGAGGGCUCGCAUCUCGGGCCCGCUAAUGAUGCGAGCUUGGAUGGCGACUGGCACGACACCUUCGACGCGUUCAACCUGGGCAGUGUGCUCUGCCAAAUCGCUCAGCGUUGUGGACGCAAAUCACGACGACGACGAGCGAUCGCUGCGGACUAUCGCCUCGCUGGGAUUGGCCUCGUCAUCGAUAGUCUACGAUCAAGCGCGGAUCAACGUGCAGUAGCCGAGCGUCUCGAGUGGCGCUUUCAUUGCCCUGUAACGGUCGUCUGCUGGGAUGAAGUGAACCUCCCGCUUAUCAGCGUGCUGCGGCCGUCACCGCUGAGCAUGCUCGCAGGCAGCGGAGGCACCAUCCGCGGCCACAGUGCGCCCGCUGACCCAGUCGCAUCGCGCCAAGGUAUCGCGCUACUGCUGCUUUCCAGCGAGCGCGGCUGUCUGUGUCGCUUGGUCGCCGAUCCGCGCAUGCGCAAGGAUCUUCGUGUCUCCGCUGACAUCGCCGGUGGCCUAGAUAUUCGAAUCGGAGGCUAUGGUCCACUACUUGGAGACGAGGGUUCCCCCUUUGUACUCGGUCUGGAUGCGCUGCGGUAUGCGCUGUGUGCCCUCGACGGCAUGCGCUUUGAGUGCUCGAGUGAGCCGUGGGAUCGUGCGGCCUGCAAGGCAGCUGCCGAUGAACUGCUCGCGCUCGCCUUGACACAUUUUGCGUGCGCAGAUCUGGAAACGCUGCUGCAUUGCCUGUAUCGCGGACCACUGCCUCGCUGCCGGAUGGUAGAGUUCGGCUACCUAGUUGCCGAGCAGGCUGGCACGAACAUGCGGGCGCCAACCGGGAACCGCAUCGCCCAGCGAGCGCUGUAUCGCGCCGGGCACGCGCUCGGUCGCCAUCUGGCGGCCGCGUUUUCCCAGGCACCGCUGGAGCUCCCUGUCCACACUCCAGCCGCUGGCAACGGAAACGCGUCAGCGCAAUCGGCAUCGGAACAAGCGAUGCCUUCCAUCCCGGUGAUUUGCGUCGGGCGUCUGUUGCAGUUUUUGCGCACGUCCGAGUUUCUAGCGGCGGGCUUGCGCGCAGGCUGGCGGGAAACCGCGGCUGCCCGCCUCGAGGGAUUGCGUCUGCAACUGCUGACGCAGCGCUCGACAACACCAUCGCAGCCGAGCGCCUCGGAUCAUGUCGAAGUCCUGGCGACGCUGCUCGCCUGCGAUCGAAGCGGUAUCCCGGGAUCUGCCUCACAGGCGCUGCUGGAACAGGCGACGCCGAAUGUCACGCUAGAGCCGAUGCUCUGGUUGGAAUAA